AUGACUCUUUUCCAUAAGAACCGUCGAAGGAAGAACGAUAGUCCAGCGCGAGCGUGCGAGUCUCGGGGAAGCGAUCCUGAUGGAGAUGAUGAUGACUGCCAUAGGAGGAGAUAUCAGUUGAUCAAAGGGAUGCUCAAACCAAUGAAGGAACUCCAUCAGGAUAACACUGAACUUCAGAGUGAAGCGAAUAGUCUCGGUCAAAGAUGGAAGCUCGCUAACGCUGAGUUAGAGGAAGCGAUGGGGCUCACAUAUGGCCCGGGAUUCAGUAAGGACAAUCCCAGCAAGAACGCAGGAUUGAUAAGCGAAUUUGGCCUCCUCGGUGGCUCCCUUCUUUCUUUGAAAGACGCUGCGAUCGCUGCGGCUGACGAGGCUUGGGCCGAGCUGGAUAAGGUCCAUUAUGGAAUCACUGUUGAUAUUGAUACGAUGAAAGAAGAGGCAGAGAAGCGCCUUGAUACGUUGGUGAAGGGGAUCCAAUUCCAGAGUAGCAUGCAAGCUGAAGCCCAGAUGCAGAAUAUGAUUAGUUUGAAUAAGCUUGGCAACCAGUACAUGCAGCAAGCGGUUGGCUCUAUCAACAAGGGCCAG